AUGGCUCAAGUCUGGCUCAUCACCGGCUGCUCCUCAGGCUUCAGCAGCAAAUUUGUCACUCAAGUCCUUUUCCGCCGGGACAAGCUGGACGUGACAGCCUUUCAGGAAACACCGAAUCAAAAGGCCUCUGAUGCGAUCGCCAUCAACAGGAAAGUUGAUGUUCUGGUGAACAAUACAGCUUACACGCAGUUUAGCACAUUGGAGGACAUGAAGCUUGGAGAUCACGUUUCCCAAUUCACCACCAAUAGCUUCAAAACGAUCAACAUCACCCGAGCGUUCCUGCCGCAUCUCCGUAAACGUAGGGAAGGGGUCAUUGUUCACAUUGGCUCCAUGGCUGCGUGGGAGUCAUACCCUGCCGUCGGGGCAUAUAGCGCCUCCAAGGCUGCAACCGACGCAACGGAGGCUCUUGAUCAUGGAACUAAUGAUCUCGGAAUCAAGACGCUCUUGGUGGAAUCUUGUCAGUGCCGUACUGAGCUCUUGAGCGCCGAGAGUCGCGUGUUCGCUGAGCCUAAAUUCCCCGAGUAUCAAGAGUUGACUGGGGCGAACGGGAAGCAGAGAAGUGAUCCCAAGAAACAAUUGCACGUAUCAUUGAUGUGGUCAAGAGGAGAACGCGGCCAAAAAAGGGACAGUGGCCAAAGGAGCUGGCGCUGGGCCCGGAUGCGGUGGCAGCCAUUCGGAAGAAGUGACAAGAUACGCUGA